GCCAACUGUGACCUGAGGAGACAGAUUGAUGAACAGCAGAAACUCCUGGAGAAAUACAAGGAGAGACUGAACAAAUGCAUCACCAUGAGCAAGAAACUACUCAUAGAGAAGAGCACCCAGGAGAAGCAGUCGUGCAGAGAGAAGAGCAUGCAGGACCGUCUCAGACUGGGUCACUUCACCACUGUACGACAUGGAGCCUCCUACACUGAACAGUGGACCGACGGAUACGCAUUCCAGAACCUUGUCAAGCAGCAGGAGGGUAUCAACCAGCAGAGAGAGGAGAUCGAGCGUCAGAGGAAGCUGCUAGCCAAAAAGAAGCCUCCCAACCCCUCCUCCUCCCCCUCCCUCUCCUUAGCAACCACCUCCGAACCCAAACAACGCAAAGCCAAGGUUGUAAACGGCAAUGACCCCGACCCCUUCCUCAAACCCUCCCUGCCUCAGAUGUUGACUCUGGCUGAGUAUCAUGAGCAGGAGGAGAUCUUCAAGCUUCGCCUGGGACACCUGAAGAAGGAGGAGGCUGAGAUCCAGGCAGAGCUGGAGAGGUUGGAGAGGGUGAGGAACCUCCACAUCCGAGAGCUAAAGAGGAUCAACAAUGAGGACAGCUCAUCGUUUAAAGACCACCCCACUCUGAAUGAGAGGUACCUGCUGCUGUAUCUGCUAGGCAGAGGAGGCUUCAGUGAAGUCUAUAAGGCCUUUGACCUGUUUGAGCAGCGCUACGCAGCCGUUAAAAUCCACCAACUCAACAAGAACUGGAGAGAGGAGAAGAAGGAGAACUACCACAAGCAUGCCUGUAGAGAAUACCGGAUACACAAACAGCUGGACCAUCCCAGAAUAGUCAAACUCUACGACUACUUCUCCCUGGAUACAGACACGUUCUGUACGGUUCUAGAGUUUUGUGAGGGGAACGACUUGGACUUCUAUCUGAAACAGAACAAGCUGAUGUCAGAGAAGGAGGCGCGGUCUAUCGUCAUGCAGAUAGUCAACGCCCUGCGAUACCUCAACGAG